AUGUCCACCCCCUCCACCCCCGCCCUCAUCCCCAAACCACAAACCCUCUACUUCGCCUACGGAUCCAACCUCUCACACGCACAGAUGCAAACCCGUUGUCCAGACUCAACAUAUGUAGGCAUGGGUAUAUUGCAAAACCAUCGCUGGAUUGUGAAUCAGAGGGGCUAUGCAAAUAUUGUAUUCUGUGGGGAUUCUGGGGUUCAGUCGCAGUCUGAUUUUGAUGCUGGAGAGGGAGAGGGAGAAGAUUCUGGAGAUGAGAAGGAUUUUAAGAAUGAGAAUGAGAAUACAAAUGGAAAUAUAAAUGCAAAUGCAAACAAAAACCCCUCCACCUCUACCCCCAGAAAGUUCGAAGCAAUACACUUCCCCAACACACAACAAACAGCAGCCAAUCUCCUCUCAACCCCCCCUCAAAAUCCUCAAUCCAACGUCUACGGGCUCCUCUACACGCUUUCCCACCGGGACGAAUGUCUCCUCGACCGGAGCGAAGGCGUCCCCUUCGCAUAUACGAAAAUGUAUCCUCUGAUCACCCUCCUAUCCGUUUCGCCAUUACUUGCUGCCCCCACAAUUUCAUUUCUAUUAUCUUUAUUUCCGGGUUCUGUUUCCGGAAUUUCGGGUGCCGGGUUGGCCUAUCCCUCUCUCCUUCCAUACUCACCUUUCUCUGCACGCUUUCCUCCUCCUCUCUCUCCCCCCGCCGCCUCCCAACCAUCCCAACCAUCCCAACCAUCUCCAUCCCUCCAAAUCCGCGCACUAACCUACAUCGAUACCCAGCGUAUCACCCCCUCGGCUCCCAAUCCAGAAUACAUCACGCGCAUGAAUCGCGGGAUCGGGGAUGCGAUUUCCGAGGGAUUUCCUCCAUCAUAUGUACGGGAUGUAAUGCGUCUUUGCAUUCCCGCUCGCGAAGAGAAAUAG